GGAUAUGCGCCUAAGGUAACAAUUUUAUUUAAAUAAUAUGAUGUCUAAAUAACAUUAAGUGUGGAAGUAUUCAUGCCUGAUCUUUCAACUAUAUAGGUUCACAAAUGACAGUCAACAAGAACAGACUCAUAGCCUAUUGUGCUUCUGGUAUCGCAUUUCGGAUGGUUAGCACAGCCUACAGUUUCUAUUAUGUCAAAGUGUUCAUGAAUCUAUAUCACAUCAAGGCAUAUUGGUUUCAGAUGGCACAACUAGUAUAUCUAACAUGGAAUGUCAUAAACGAUCCUUUAUUUGGUUAUAUUCAAGAUAGCAAAAGACUGAGAAUUACAAAAACAAGACGAGAAAGUAUUCUAUAUUGUGGACCUAUAUUAGUAACAACUUUUAUCAUACCAUGGUUUCCAUGGGGAGAUAAUUCAUGGGUAGUAGGACUACAUUUAAUUCUAAGUCUCGUUUCUUGGGACACAGUAUGUACAUUUAUGUCACUUACAAUGUCUGCAUUGUUUGUAGAACUUUCUGACAAAACAGAGGACAGAAUACUACUGACGAAAUAUUACCAUGCUGCGUGUAUACUAGGCACGCCAACGGUUUUAUUACUAGAGUUUACAUCAGAUAGUCUUAGCAACUUUAAAACCUUUCAAACAACUACAGUACUAAUAGCAGUAUGCUCUGCUUUAUUAUUUCUCUACGCAGGAAUAAAUAUUUCUAGUCCUUAUGACCCAAAUACAAUUAAAAGGACGAAUUCAGACAUACAUCAAAAUAAUGAAAUAGAUAAAAACAUUUCAGAAGGAAAUGAAUCUUAUUGCACACAAGUUUGUCAGUAUUUAUCAGAUGUUAAUUUUAUUGCUUUUGCUGUCACCUUCUUCUUUCACAUUUUUCAUAAAUGUUUUGUAAAUAAUUUCCUGGGCAUAGUUUGUGAUCACUUAAUUCCAGAUGAUGUAUUCCCGAAAGAUGCCAGAAAGAUUUUCUAUGGUGGAAUUCCUUUCAUAUCUGCAAUAUGUGUGGUAUUUGGAGCUUCGUUUGCGACGAGAUACUCUUACUACAAAGUGGUGCAAUCAGUGUACGGAUCCAUGGUACUAGCAGGACUUAUUAUGCUGUAUAUUGGACAAGAGCAUACUUGGUGCCUAAUCAUAUUCCUUAUGCUGGAUAGCUGUGCGAUAAGUGUAGUUUACGCUUUCUUUGGUAUGGCACAAGCAGAUCUAGCUGAUGUCAACAAAACAAAAUAUAAACGAGAAAGACCUUUAUCUUCCAUGGUAUUUGGAACCAGUUCAUUGAUAGCAAGACCGGCGAUCUCCCUGUCUCCAAUGUUUGUAGCAGCUGUAUUAGACAUUUAUGGAUAUAGUCAACUGAAAGGGACAGAAUCUUCUCUUGAACUUAAACAUGCGAUGUUUAUGUUAGUGUGCUGUUAUCCAAUAAUAAUUGGAUCGAUACAAUUUGUAUCAUGGUCCUUUUUUAAAAUCCCAUGUAAAUCAGAAAAAACUAUUCUUAUUGAGACGUAGGUUGUCUGUGUUCUUAUAACUUUAGCUGUAUGAAGUGUCAAUACUGUGUACUAUUAUACCUCAGUAUGCUUUUUUUAUAUAAAAAAUAAUGAAAUAGUUGUGCUAUUUCAUUCCACAGACUAUUUGCCAGUCAAUAGUUUUAAAGACUAAUACCCCGGUUAAUAGUUUCAUAAUCAUCUUUCCCGUACUUUUUCAUGCCUAUUUUUCAUUGGACUAUAAUGAUGUCAUUGACUAUUUUGCUUGGUAACGUCAAACUCUACAAUAAUGAUGUCAUUUAUGAUGUCAUUGACUAUUUUGCUUGGCAACGUCAAACUCUACAAUAAUGAUGUCAUUGACUAGUUUGCUUGGCAACGUCAAACUCUACAAUAAUGAUGUCAUUGACUAUUUUGCUUGUCAACGUCAAACUCUAGU